UUGCGAUUUAUGCUGUGACUUUAUUACAGGAUGAAAAGAACCAGAUACUCACAACCAAUGUGGUUACACAAGUUUGGACGCGACCAUCAUUUGAAUGGAAUGCCUCGGAAUUUGCUGGAAUUCAAGUAAUCCGUGUUCCUUAUAAUCGUGUUUGGCGACCUGACACAAUUUUAUACAACAAUGCUGAUCCACAAUAUAGUUCAGCGGUCAUCAAUACAAACGUGAUCGUUAGUCAUACAGGCGAAGUUGUCUGGUUAAGCCACGGUAUUUUCCGCAGCAGUUGCGACAUAAACGUGGAAUUCUUUCCCUUUGAUGAACAACGAUGCGCUCUGAAAUGGGCCUCUUGGACCUACGACGGAUAUCAACUCGAGCUGGAGAGGCAGAGUGAGAAGGGGGACGUGAGUAAUUAUCAAGCAAACGGCGAGUUCCAUCUUCUGGAUUUCACAGCCCGUAAAAACGUCGAGUACUACUCCUGCUGUCAAGAACCGUAUCCCGACAUCACUUACGAGAUUCGCUUACGACGACGUCCGAUGUUCUAUGUCUUCAACCUGAUUCUGCCCUGCAUACUAAUCAACGGCGUCGCCCUGUUGGUGUUCUACGUGCCCUCCGAGUCAGGAGAGAAAGUCACCCUCGGUAUCUCGGCCCUUCUCUCCAUGACGGUUUUCUUGAUGACCAUUCGCGAAACUUUGCCGCCUACGGAGAAGACGCCGUUAAUAAGUCUUUAUUACGGUGUCAGCAUUUGUCUGGUGUCGUUUGCAUCCGGUCUGGCGGUCGUGACAUUGAAUUUGCAUCGUGGUGUACGGGGUAUACGAGUGCCGAGUAUCGUGAGAUCGUUGGUCUUAGAAUUAGCCAGGAUAGUAUUUCUGAAUUUCCAAGAGGAGAAUAGAUCGGUAAAACGGAUAACCAGGAACCGGCGGAAAAUUCUCGAGAAGAAAGAACAAUUGUCACUGCACUGCAAAUCGGAACUGCCAGAGCAGCACAUAUCUCCUAAAUAUGUAUCGAGAAGGGAUGAUCGUAAUAGCAGCAGUCCUAGUCUAGAUCUCGGAAAGGAGGGCGGCCUUGAGGCACAAUGGUCCCGGGUCCUGGGAAGAGUGCACGCGACCAUUGAAAGGAACGAGCGGCGCCUAGUAGAGCAAGAUCGUCGAGAAAGGACAGAAUUAGAUUGGAAACAAGUCGCUCUGGUCAGUGAUCGUGCGCUAUUGUGCGUUUUCUUUCUAACGACAAUCGUUAGCACGGCGGUGAUUUUAUGCGGCUCGCCUCCGACUCAGGAUGUAUCAAAAGACGGGUAAUCGUUGAAUUAUCGAUUUGAUUAUAUCAAUUGACUAAAUGAUGCCAAAAUGUCUUCUUCAUCAUUGGACUCAAAGAAUAAUUUUAUUUUAUUUUUUUU